UACUUUCUGGAAUCGUGAAUGUUUGAAAUAUCUAUCACGAGUGUCGUGUAUUAUCAUUUUCUGUUGAAUCAUGAUUGAAUUUCUGUUUGCAGGAUUACACAAUAACAAUGUAUUUGAACCAAUAUUGGAAAGAUGAGCGGUUAUCAUUUAGUAGCAAUGAUGAGGUGCUCACAUUAUCGGGAGACUUUGCUGAAAAAAUUUGGGUUCCAGACACGUUUUUUGCAAACGAUAAAAACAGCUUUCUCCAUGACGUGACAGAAAGAAACAAAUUAGUGAGAUUGAAUGGGGAUGGAAGUAUAACGUACGGAAUGCGGUUCACUGCAACACUCGCCUGCAUGAUGGACCUGCACUAUUAUCCAUUAGAUUCACAAAAUUGUACCGUCGAAAUUGAAAGCUAUGGUUACACGGUGUCGGACGUGGUGAUGUACUGGAAGGACACGCCGGUGCGGGGCGUGGAGGAGGCGGAGUUGCCACAGUUCACCAUCACCGGCUACGAGACCAACGACCGCAAGGAGGAGCUGGCCACCGGCGACUACCAGCGACUGUCGCUCUCCUUCAAGCUGCAGCGCAACAUCGGCUACUUCGUCUUCCAGACCUAUCUGCCCUCCUGUCUCAUCGUCAUGCUCUCCUGGGUCUCCUUCUGGAUCAACCACGAGGCCACCAGUGCCCGAGUCGCUCUAGGUAUCACGACUGUGCUGACGAUGACAACGAUCAGUACGGGUGUGCGAAGCUCUCUGCCUCGAAUCUCGUACGUGAAAGCCAUCGACAUUUACCUUGUCAUGUGUUUUGUGUUCGUAUUUGCGGCGCUUCUCGAGUACGCCGCUGUCAAUUACACGUACUGGGGUGCGCGCGCCAAGAAAAAAAGUAAAAAGACCAAGGAAGCCGAAGAAACUUCCAGAAAAGCUUCCAUUGCACCAGGCAGCAAAGUGAGUAGCGGCCUCGAUGGAUAUUCGUCGGGAGCAGGCAACUCGGGGGGAACCGAUGAAAUACUAGAACUGCAAGAUAUUCGCCUCUCGCCCAUCCCUUCUAUUAGGAAUAGACACAAUAGCACCAGAUACUCGACAUCGUCAGGCAUGCUGGACGACCCGGCCAAGUUCCCGCCGAGCUUCCGCAUGAGCCGCAGCAGUCCCGGGCCUGGCUACACAUUCCCCGUCAACCGGCCGGGCCUCCGCUUCCGCGGCACUCGAGCCGCACACAACCGCCCCAAGGUGCUGCAUGCACUCAAGAAGGGUGCCAACGCCAUCAAAGCAUCCAUGCCCAAAAUCAAAGAUGUCAAUGUCAUCGAUAAGUACUCGCGCAUCAUAUUUCCAGUUUCGUUCCUAGUUUUCAACUCAGUCUACUGGGUAUUCUACGCCGUAUGAAAUUAAUGACAUUGUGAUUGUAACUUUUAAGCAGACUCGAACUAUUAUUACUUAGAAAUAUUGAAUUUCUACUAGACGUCUCUCAAAGAACCAAUGUAUGAGAAUGAAUAUUUAAGGUUGUAAUUGAGUAUAAAUAUUGUGAAAACAGGUUGUGAGGUAUGAAUGAUCUUGAAUAUUUGUUUGUAUUCCAUGUUGUUUUCCUUGAAUUAUAUUCUAGUGAAUAAUAGAUGAUGAAAGAUUUUUAUUAGCGAUUGCAGUUAACCAACUACUGGAAUAUUAUUAUUGUAUAAUAAUUAUUUCAAAUAUGCAAUGAAAGCUUAAUAAAAACAUCAAGUACCUGUUUUAUUUAAAACAUUUUAAAUGUUUUAUUUCAAGUUUUAAAGCGUUCUAAAUAAAAAGGUUACUUCAUGUUUUUAUUAAUUUUAAUUAAGUAGCCCAUUCAAGUGAAGUGAUCCAAUGAAAGCUAUGUAAUAGGUCUGAACUCAAUUUUUGGGUAGUUUCAUUCUUCAAAUUUCCUUCUGCUAUUUAGUUCUUAAGUCAAUAUUAUUUGCAGUAGCAGAAGUCCUCAGUUUUUUUAAUAUAGCUUUCAUUAGAAAUAAUUAUUAUUCAUUAAUGAUGGAUGAUUUUUUACAGCAUUCAAAUAGUACCAUUCGAAAAAUUUGAUUGGCUGAAUGAAUAAAGCCUUUUUAAAAUAAUAAUGCAUUAGCACAAAACUAAUUACCUUGAAAUUCUAGUCAAAAGGCUGCAAACUGGUGAGCAGUGGAUUUUAACCCUUAUUUUUUUGUCAUUCAUAUUUUAUUGAAAUUCUGUGUUAGUUUCGGAAAAAAAAUAUGACUCUUCUGAUUUGCUGAUGAGCACAUUUUCUCUAUAGUAGUCUAUUCAAAGUUGAUAAAGUCUGUCAUUCCACUCAUUAGUUAUUCUGAAGGUGUGAAUAGUUUGACUCUGGAUCUAGAAAAUGAUCAUGGUAGUAGGUCAACACAAUUCUAAGAUCGACUCAAAUAAUUCGAGAGAGACAAUUCUAUAGUUUCAACCGUUGUAACAUUAAAGUUCUAAAAUAAGACAAAACAAUAUAUUAAUGAGAAAAUUCAUUUUAUUGGAAUUUUUAAGUUAUUCAUAAAAAAUUGAUAUAUUUUCAAUGCCAACAGUAAUUUAUUAAUAAAACUAUGAUGUAUUAGUAAUUGAACUGGUUGAUUCUAUGAUGCAUUUUUUAGAAUGUGCUCAUCUAAGGAUAUCCAUAUCAAUUCCAUGGUUUCUAACAUUUGAUACGGUAUUAUCGUAUUUUUGUGAGUUUUCCUAUUCAGCUCAAGAUACUAAAAGCAUACAGUCUCUGAGAGUAGGAACUACUGUAUAACAUAAACUUGAAAAUAAUCUCAAAUCUAGUAUGUUGCAGGAUUCCUUAGUGUGAUUAUAAAUAGAUACUUCAUCAUUUUAGCCAGAACUUUUUUAUUAUAGAUAUUUCAGGAUUAGUAGCGCUUACGUGAGUAGCUGAAAUAUUGGAAACGUUAUAACGGAUUUUUUAAUGUAAGUUGUAGAAUCGUAUUAGUUUUGAUAUAACUGUACUGUUAUCUUACAGAAGCCGGCGAUAGACUAUUUUUUGCCGAUUUAAUGAUAAUUUUUCUAGUGCCGUACCAUGAUUGUUGUUACUUUUUUAUUGGAAGUCUCUGAUGAAUGAAUAUUAAUAAAAAAAGUAAAAUGCUUCAUCAUUCAAAAUAAAUUCAAUAAUGUAUUGUUCAUGUUACUCUGCCGUUACGUGUAAAUGAGAAUGAAAACACCUAUAAACCUCACAAUUAUUAUCAGAGUAAAGAUCUCGAAACAUUAAUAAACACAGAUCGCGAUGAAAAAAUUGUGAUUGUUUUUAGCAUCAAUCAUAUAAUUUUUUAUGUUUUUUUCUCAUUUCUCAAUUCUCUAAACAUACGGACCAAUUUUGGAGAACAUAAUUAGCAAAGAAUGGGUUUAGUUCAAUACGCAUUGAUGGUAAUGAAGAAAUAGUAUUAUUAGUAUUGAUAACAGUACCUUCUUUUUCUAAGAAGUAAGGUGAUAUGUGAGAGUACUCACAGAAAGUACAUAUUCAAGGCGGGCGAAGCCCCCCCGGCCAGAAGGAGAUUUCUAGGCAAGCCCUCUAAUAAUGAAAAUAAACGUUGAAAUUAGUAUCAGCAAAUGAAAACUUUUAAGAAUAAAGAGAACAAUGAUUACUCCACUAAACCUGGUUCAAUUUAAAAAUAAAACAUUUGUUACUAUCAAAGUCCAUUGGAUUUAUUUAUUUACUGCAUAGAAAAAAUGGCAAGGAAGUUAAUCUGCAUAUUAUAGGAAAACAACACUGACAAAAGAUUUGCUUUUAACCAAAAUUGAACAGGGUUUGUGCUGUAAGUUGCUUGUGUCGUUCUCUGAAGAAAAGAGAGUUCACAAAAAUAGUAUCAACUAUGAACCAUAUUAUAACUGUCACAACAAUAUUACAUAAAAUUUUUUAUUCGAUAAAAAUACUUUUGAGAAUAAUACUUUUCAACGAUUGAAAAUAUAUAUUUCAACAGUUGAAAAAGUUUAACUUCAAAGUUGAAUUUAGAAUAAUGUAAGCCUUAAUAUGUUAUUACUAUGUUCUAUUUGUCGCAAAUUAUGUUUACAAGUAUUGCAUAAUAUUAUUUAAUUCAAUUAUAAUGUUUUCAUACUUAUAACUCAUAAUUCUACAUGAGGUGUGAAAGUGUGUUACUGAAGAGAGAAUAUAAUAGGGUACAUGAAUAACUUUGAGUUGACCUUAAAUAAAAUUUGAAAAAUCUCUGUGAAGAUAUUCCCGUGAAAUAUGAUACCUUCUUAAAAUACUGAAAAAUCCCAUACAAAUAAUUAUUUAUCAUCCCUUACUCUUCAUAAAAUGAUAAUUGAAAUUCCUCAUUUGAAAUGAGCAGCUUAAAUGAAAACUUAAUAUUUUAUUAUGAUUGAAACUGAGUCAUAUUUUUUUCUACUAUAAGAGAAUACUAUGUAUACAUACCGUGUUACUAUAGACGAUUGUUAUUUUUAGGUACAGUAUUUGAAUUGAAAUAAAUGUUAUCUUGCUUUUUUAACACUGAA